CGCUAACGAGGGCGUGCACAGAUCGCUGAGUUUUCACCUUAUGUAAGAUUGGCUUUAAUCCAGUUCGCGCGAUUAAUGGCACUCCAUCUUUUUGGCCACGCCUUAGCUUCUGAAGCUUUCCUCUCUGACAGCUAAUGGUCGAGUCCAUUGUUCAGUGAGCACGCAGGUCUCUGAUACUCAAGGAGGACGGAGAUGGGCCAAUUAUCAGCCAACCGUCUGGACUUACAAUUACCUUCAGUCUCUUGUGGCCGACGGAGGUCGCCAAUCCCGUUGCUCGCCAGAGGGGAGGGCCGAUUGCCGACCAGUGGCGAGCUCUAGCUGGAUUUGGUGUGGGCUUGCCUCACUUAGCGACAACGAAGCCAACCUCACCUAAAUCCAAUGAGGCACCCUCACCUAGCCUCAUUGGAUCUAGGCAACGGAUGACACCCCUAACCGCUAGCAAAUUAGAGAAAAAGAGAGAGAGCCCAUCAGCCAAUGCGUGCGUCGAAGGGAGGAUCACCCACCAUUGAUUGAAGGAGAAGAAGAUGAUCUCCAUGACAUUGUCGCUGAUGCACUUUGAUUUGUCUCCUUCAUUGUGUGAAGGAUUUCUUGGAAGUUUCGAGAUAGCCAAACCAUGCGAGGCCGACCUCGCCGAUCCAUUGGCUCUCCCCUUUUUAGAUCCGAUGGGGGCUCGCCACUGACAAUGAUUGGCCCUCCCCUUUUUGGCUCGUCGUCUAAGCAAGAGAAAGAAGAAGGGAUGAAGAAAAAAUAAGAGAGAGAAAAUAAAGGAAAAAGAAAAGAAAAAAUACAAAAAUUAAGUAAAAAAAUUCAAAAAAUAAAAUAUUAUUAAAAAAUUGUCUAUCGACCGGCCAAAUUUGAUCGAAUGACUAAAUUGAUAUAAUCAUAAAAGGUUUAUGACUAAAAUUGCUAAAAAAAGAAGAAGAAGAAGAUAUAGGACUAAAUUGAAACAAUUGCUAUUGAUUAAGGACACUUUUAGUCAUUUUUCCCUUCUCUGGAUCCAGACCACCAAAGGCAAGUGGAAAUUUGUGAGGCAUAAAGUUUUACUCUUAGAUUAUUGUAGAUGGCAAAAUAAUGUUAGCCUUGCAAACAAGUUGAACUUCAUGAGGGAUAGGCCAAUGGACCCGAUGACAUUAACCAUAAUAGAGUUUUGGUAGUGUAUAGUCAGGGACUGUGAUUGGUUAAAUUGGGACGAAGCUCACUUGGUAUAUUGUUGGGCAUUUUAACGAAGUCAGCGAAUGUCCUGAGUUUGGUGAAUGGCAAUAAAGAAGCUCAACAACUUCAAUUACAAUAAUUCUAAUAAUUAUGUGCAGUUUUACCUAAUAGAUCAAGAUUUGUGGCAUAUCGUUAGCAAUGACAAUACCAAACCAUCCACUAAUGAUGAAGAGUGGAGGAAGUGGAAGAUCAAUGAUGGUAAGACUCUCAAAGUCUUGCGGUCACAGUAGAAGAUGAAUUAUUGCAGCAUAUCAAGAGUGCAAAGCCUUUGAAGACAGCAUAGGAUGCUUUGGUGGCAUUGUUUGUGAGGAUAAAUGAUAGCGAGUUAGAAUAAUUGAAAAACAAGUUACUAUUGAUCUAGCAAUAGGAUAUGAUAUUUUUCCUAAGUCAAAUAUUUUUGGAAGAAAAUUCAAAGUUAGAUCCUCAAAGUACCAUCUUUGAGACUAGGAUAAAAAGAAUCACCAUUCACGGGGUAUGACUAGAGUAAAACACUAUUGUUACAGCCCCUUGUGGAUGGGCUAAAGAUCCAACUUUGACCGAUUUGGAGAAUAUUUUGGCCAACCAAGAGGCUUUAGAAAAAUAGAUGUCUAAGGUCUUAGUAAAUGAUGAUAAGACUACCCUCUUUAGUAAUAAAAGAGGGUUUAAGAGUUAGAUGAGAAAUGGUGCUCGCACUAAAAAUGGUAAAUUGAGAAAAAAAAACUCCUAUUAAGAUUGACAAAGGUGACCACAAGGGACAAGUGCUCAGCUAGGGGGAGCUCGUUGGGAUCAGUGUAAAGAUAAUGAGAAUGAAGGUAAAAACAGCCAAACAUGAGACAAUCACUACUAUAUUUGUGAGAAAAAAAGGUCACUUUGCUAGGGAUUUUCAAUUGAAAAGAAUAGAAGGAAACAUUGCAACGUCUGAGGAAAAUAAUGGUGAAGAGGACUGGGCUUUCCAUGUGUCCCUGGCAGUGACGAAUAAAAAUAGCUUGCAUUCUUCUCUAUCAUUUAGUCAAAAGAUGUGACGACCCUUUUCACUAUAAGUGAUAAAUUAAUCAAUUAUAAUAAUGAUUUGGCAGUUGAUUCGGGGUGCUCAAGCGAUAUGACUAGAGAUCAAGGCAAGCUAUCAAACAUGUUUAAGUACAUUGAUGGAUGAGUAGUUGUCACCAUAGACAACUCAAGGUUGCUGAAUACCUAUGUCAAUCGAACGGUGAUAACAUCCCGAUUUAGUUCAUAUCAGGUUGAGUUGCAAAAUGCGUAUCGCAUGAUGGGAAUGAAGAAAAAUCCUAUUGUUGGUGUUACAACUCACAAGCUCGGGCAAUUAUGUGUUAGGUCUAAGAGACGUUAAGGUGUGCCAUAGUUUGAAACCUUGAUAGUACACGAAUCAUGGAGAGGCGUAACUAGAGUCUGUCUAGAUGAUAUGAGCAUAGACGGCAGAAAAACUUGUAAGAGUGACACGCUUGGUUGUACAAACUGUUGAUCAAACUCGGUUGUGCUGUAACUUUAUGUUAGGCAUCACUGUACUAACUUGAUGAGUAGGACAUUUGAUUUAAUGAUUUCCCCAUCUUCAUAAUUAUUAAUUCAUGUGGUCUCAUAAUCAAGAUUUAUCACUUUUAUUGAUAGGUCAUAUUUUCCUCCAUAACUAGUUUCCUCUAAUCAUGUUUUUGAUGGAUGAAUCGGAAGGCCAUCAUCGAAAUAUGGAUAUAACUUAAGGUCAGGCUACAGAGAGAAAAGGCACAAAUGUUGGAAGAAGUGAGAGGUGCUCUCAAUGACGAAAAAGCUGAACCCAUGACCAUAUUUGCUCUGGUUGAUGACUUUCAACGCUUAGGACUCGGCCAACAUUUUGAGGAAGACAUUUCGAGAGCUCUUCGCAGAUGUCUCUCUAAUGAUGCGGUCAAUAAGAGCCGGCAGAAGUCUCUGCAGGGCACAGCUCUAAGCUUUCGGAUUUUUAGACAGCACGGCUUUGAAGUUUCUCAAGAUGAUUUUAAGAUUUUCAUGGACAAAAGUGGCAGUUUUAUGAAGACCCUUGGUGGUGAUGUCCAAGGAAUGCUGAGUCUACACGAAGCCUCCCAUUUGGCCUUUGAAGAAGAAGAUAGCUUGCAAGAGGCUAGAUCAUUCGCCAUCGAGCAUCUCAGAAACCUUAAUUGCAACGUCGACAAAGAUCUCAAAGACCAAGUGAAACAUGAAUUAGAACUGCCUCUGCACUGUAGAAUGCCAAUGCUAGAAGCUCGACAGUCCAUUGAAGCUUACAGAAGAUGCGGAUACACCAAUCAUCGAAUCCCCGAAUUUGCCGUGACGAACUUCAACACGUCACAAUCAAUCCUCCAAAGAGAUCUUCAGGAAAUGUCAAGAUGGUGGAAUGAUGUUACCCUCGCGAGAAAUUUGAACUUCGUGAGGGAUAGACUAAUGGAGUGCUUCUUUUGGGCGGUUGGAGUGGCAGACGAACCUACGCUCGCUAAUUGUCGGAAGCGGCUGACCAAAGUGACCUCGCUGAUAACCAUCAUCGAUGAUGUGUACGAUGUUUAUGGCACAUUGGACGAACUGGAGCUAUUCACUGAUGCUGUUCGCAGAUGGGACAUCAAUGCUGUGGACGAUCUUCCUGGCUAUAUGAAGUUGUGCUUCUUAGCUCUCUUCAACAGAGUGAACGAAAUCGCUUACGACACUCUCAAGGAGACCGGGAAAAUUGUCAUCCCGUAUCUAGCAAAAUCGCCAAAUGGAGCUACAACAAGACUAACCCACGAUUUGAAGAGUACUUGAACAAUGGGUGGAUAUCAUCAUCAGGGCAUGUCAUAUUGAUUCAUGCCUACUUUUUAUCAAGCCCAAGCAUGAGACGGGAGGAACCAGAAUCGCUAGAACAUUACCAUGAUAUCUUGCGCUUGCCAUCCAUGAUUUUGGGUCUU